CUCGAAGCCGGACUCUCGACACUCUUUACAACAACGACACCAUGCGCUGACAAUGGGAAACGCUAACAGCUCCCAUAAGAUCUCUGCUCAGGAUCGCGCGAUCCUCGACCUCAAGAAUCAACGCGACAAGCUCCGCCAAUACCAGAAGCGGAUCACCGUGCUGACGGACCGGGAGACCGCCAUCGCCAAGGAAUGUCUGGCGCGGAACGAUCGCAAGCGCGCCUUGCUCGCCCUGCGCCGCAAGAAAUACCAGGAGUCGCUACUCGACAAGACGGACAAGCAGCUGGAACAGCUGGAACAACUUACGGGGCAGAUUGAGUUUGCGCUCGUUCAGAAAGAUGUACUCUUUGGGCUGCAGCAGGGGACCCAGGUUCUGCAGACCAUCAACAAGGAAAUGGGCGGAAUUGAGGGGGUGGAGAAGCUGAUGGGUGAGACGGAGGAGGCACGAGCAUAUCAGGAGGAAAUCAGUCAAAUGCUCGCAGGUCGUCUAUCCAGGGAGGACGAGGACGAGGUCGAGGAGGAAUUGGAAGAAUUGCAACGUCAAGCGCAGGGUCCAGUUGUCAUGCCCAAUGCUCCCGUCUCAUCGCUUCCAGAGGUUGGGGAGGAGGAGGCGGCAGGAGAAGCGCAAUCCGAGGCGUCGACUGGAGGAAGGAAGGCCAGGGCCGAAGAGCGGACCGCUGUCCUGGCUUGAGAUUACUUAGCCACCAAUUGUUAUUCCGCAUAGCAUUUCUGGAGUUAUAGGUUCUGUCA